UUCACAACUUCCUGCAUGGAGAAGCGCGUCGCUCUUAACGCCACUGAGCUCGCGAGAGCCCUCGGAUUUGCCUCUACAUAGGAGAGAUUAGCCGAACCGCGACCCUUUCAUGCUCAGCUCGAACCCGUCGCGCGCCCGGCGAGCUCCCCGGCCGGAAUUAACUUGGAGAAUGUGAGCGUGAAUGUGAAGGAAGCUCGCGCUGCAUGAGGAAGGCACCGAGAGCCGAAGAGUGGGCUGCCCGGUAUGUCCCACGGAGCACGAGCGGGGCUAUUCGCUUCUCGUUCACAGCCCUAAACUGCUCUUGUGUUCUGAGAUGAACUCAGAGGCGCGCGAUCGCUGAAGUCAGUGUUUUGUUUUCUUUUUUAAUUAUUAUUAUCGCUCUUUUUUCCGUCUUCAUUGACGCUUCAUUUCAACUCGCCCUUCGCGCUUCGCCAUCAAUGCGCAUUAAGACAUGUGGAGUCUACGGGAACCGCGCCGUCCCACGGUUUUCAGCCUGACUUUGGCAGCUCUCCUCGUCCAGUCCAUCAGCUGCCAUCCCGCUGCACCCACAGGACUGAAGCAGCAUCAUCAGAGAGAGAGGAGGGCAGCUGGGGAUCCGUAUUGGGCGUAUUCAGGUGCUCAUGGUCCAGGGAGGUGGGCAUCAGUGUACCCUGAAUGUGGGGAGAGGAACCAGUCACCUGUGGACAUUCCAGAUGAAGAUGCCCACAUCUCUCAGGAGUGCCAGGAACUCACGCUGGAGGGCUUUGAGGUCAAAUCAUCUAACAAGACCUCCAUGAAGAAUACAGGCAAAACAGUCUCCAUUCUGUUGAAGAAUGACUACUUUGUUGGAGGGGCGGCACUACCUGGGCGGUUCAAGGCAGAGAAGGUGGAGUUUCACUGGGGUCACACCAACGGAUCGGCUGGCUCGGAGCACAGCAUUAAUGGAAGGAGGUUUCCGGUAGAGAUGCAGAUUUACUUCUAUAAUUCCGAUGACUUUGACAGUCUCAGCACUGCCAUAAAGGAGCGGAGAAUCAUCGCUGCCAUGGCUGUCUUCUUUCAGGUAGGGAAGAAGGACAAUAUGGCAGCUGAGCCCAUCAUCAUGGGUCUCAAACGUGUUGUUCAUCACGAGAAAGAGACGAAUCUCGGGCCUUUUAUCCUGAGGGACCUGUUGCCAUCCUCUUUGGGAAGCUACUACCGUUACACAGGAUCUCUGACUACACCCCCAUGCAGUAAAGUAGUGGAGUGGAUUGUCUUCAGUCGACCUGUUUAUCUGUCCCACCGCCAGUUGGAGGCAUUCUACUCAAUCUUCACCACCGAGCAGCAGGACCAUGUGAAGUCAGUGGAGUACCUCAGGAACAACCACCGGCCCACUCAAAAUCUGGAUAACCGGUUACUGUACAAAUCAGCGGUGAAGGAUGCCUGGUUUCCGGAUUCCAGUGAUGGGCAGGCCAGCCCUGCAGAUACUGAGGCCUCUAAAGUCUGUAGUAGUGUCCCUAGUAAUAUGAAGGCCCAUCCUCUGAACCGAACAGCGCUGGUUCUGACCUGGGAUCGACCAUCAGUCAUCUACCACCCUCCCAUAGUUGGCUUCGUGGUCUCCUACAGCUGGGUUAAGGAUGAUGUGGCUUUUGAGAAAACUCAGACCAGUGAGCACAACACUAGGGCAGUGAUCACUCGCAUGUUUCCAGAUGUUCUGUAUCUCUUCAGAGUGCAGGCCUUGUGUCAGAGAGACCAGCGCAGCGACUUCAGCCAGACACUUUUAUUCAGAGCAAACACCACGAGGAUAUUUGAAGGGUCAAGAAUUGUGAAAACUGGAAUGCCUACAGUGUCUCCACCUUCCUCUGCAGACAUGGCCCCCAUCAGCUCUGGCUCCUCUACUUGGGCCUCUUCUGGGCUCCCUUUCUCCUUUGUCUCCAUUGCAACGGGCAUGGGCCCUCCAUCCAGUGGCGGGCAGGCUACAGUGGCAUCCGUGGUGACCAGCACGCUUCUGGCUGGCCUGGGCUUCAGCGGCGGCGUGAUUUCCUCCCUUCCCGGAUCCCUUUGGCCCACCCAGUCCCCCAGUUCUGCCCCCGCCCCCACACGCCAACAGGCUCCUCCCGCUUCAGAGACCACCCCCUCUGACACCAAGAACUUUCUCUCUGAGGAGAGUGUGGGAACUAAAGAGCCAGAGAAGGAAGAGCAAGAACAAGACGGAGAGAAGGACGAGGAGGAUGAUAAAGAGGAACAGCAGGAGGAGGAGAGAAAAAAGAAAGAAAAGACUGUAGUUGUGACAGAGAAAAAGGAGGGACAGGACACUUUCGAGAAACCCACCGCUCCUGUCCCAACCUCAACGUCUAGAAGAGAGAACGAAAAGGGUGGGGAUGCAGAGGCUUCCACAGCGCCCCCUAGAGCCACAGAGGAGCAAAUCUCCGCUGUUACUCAGACAUCUUCAGGGGGAGACUCGACACGACCAACAUGGCUGGAAGACAGUGACACAACAGACAUGCAGCUUACCAGCAGCCCCACGCAGACCACAAAGCUGACCAAUGAGGACAGAAGCCAGUGGCCUUUCUACAUUCACACUGAGCGGAACAGCAUAUCCACUGUACCCAGAGAUCCGGUAUCCCCAGCAAGCAGGAUGGAAUGGAUCAUCCCUCUGAUGGUGGUGUCAGCUCUCACGCUCCUCUGCCUCAUCAUGCUGCUGGCUGUCCUGGUCUAUUGGAGGAGGUUUUUCCAGGCGGCUCAUAUCUACAUAGAGGACAGAAACUCCCCUAGAGUAAUCCGCAAUGAGAGCUUUCCUGCCCUCUCUAUACCUGAUGAUCUGGAAGCAGUCCCAGUCAGACAGUUCAUCAAACAUAUAAUGGAGCUCUACUCCAACAAUCAUCAUGGCUUCUCUCAAGAGUUCGAUGAGGUUCAGCGUUGCACGGCUGAUGUGAAGAUUACAGCAGAGCACACGAACCAUCCAGAGAACAAACACAAAAACAGAUACAUCAACAUAGUGGCCUAUGACCAUAGCAGAGUGAAAUUGCAGCCCCUGCCUGGAAAAGAUUCCAAACAUACUGACUACAUCAACGCUAACUAUGUAGAUGGUUAUAACAGACCCAGGGCAUACAUCGCUGCUCAGGGACCUCUGAAGUCCACCUUUGAAGACUUCUGGAGAAUGAUCUGGGAGCAGAACACCAGUGUCAUUGUCAUGAUCACCAAUCUGGUGGAGAAAGGCAGAAGGAAAUGUGAUCAGUACUGGCCCUCAGAGAACAGUGAGGAGUAUGGAAGUAUGGUAGUGACACUGAAGAGCACAAAGGUGCAUGCGUGGUACACACUGCGGCACUUCUUCAUACGCAACACCAGAGUCAAAAAGGGGCAGAAGGGAAGGCAGAAUUGCAGAAUAGUGGUCCAGUAUCAUUACACUCAGUGGCCUGAUAUGGGUGUGCCUGAGUACACGCUACCAGUGCUCACCUUCAUCUCCAGAUCCUCUGCUGCUCGCACGCCUAAUUCUGGACCCAUCCUAGUGCACUGCAGUGCUGGCGUGGGGAGGACGGGCACAUACAUCGUGAUUGACAGCAUGCUGCAGCAGAUAAAGGACAAAGGCACAGUGAAUGUCCUGGGCUUUCUCAAACACAUCCGCACCCAGCGCAAUUACCUGGUCCAGACAGAGGAGCAGUAUGUGUUUAUUCAUGAUGCUCUGAUGGAGGCAGUGCUUGGUAAAGACACUGAGGUCCCCAUCUGGCAGCUCCACAGCUAUGUGAACAGCAUCCUCACCCCCAGCCUCACUGGCACCACUCGUAUGGAGAAACAGUUUAAGCUGGUGAUGCAGUGCAAUGCCCAGUUCAUGGAAUGCUUCAGCGCUCAGAAAGACUGCAACAAAGAGAAGAACCGCAACUCCUCAGUGGUGCCAUCGGAGCGAGCUCGGGUCACACUCGCUCCUCUCCCUGGAAUGAAGGGCACAGACUACAUCAAUGCCUCUUACAUUACGGGCUACUACAGGAGCAAUGAGUUCAUCAUUACCCAGCAUCCCUUGCCCCAUACAACCAUGGACUUCUGGAGGAUGAUCUGGGAUCACAACGCUCAAGUCAUCGUUAUGCUGCCUGACAAUCUAGGGCUAACAGAAGAUGAGUUUGUGUACUGGCCCAGCAGAGAAGAGGCUAUGAACUGUGUGGCUUUCACCGUCACCCUCAUCAACACGGAUAAACUGUGUCUGUCUAAUGAAGAACAACUCAUCAUUCAUGACUUCAUCCUGGAGGCUACACAGGAUGACUAUGUGCUGGAGGUUAGACAUUUUCAGUGUCCAAACUGGCCUGACCUCAGUGCCCCCAUCAGCAACACGUUCGAGCUCAUCAACAUCAUCAAGGAGGAGGCCAUGACCAGAGACGGCCCCACUAUCGUACACGAUGAGUUUGGAGGUGUUUCAGCAGGGAUGCUCUGCGCCCUGACCACUCUAUCUCAGCAGCUGGAGAAUGAGAGCGCUGUGGAUGUGUACCAGGUGGCCAAGAUGAUCAACCUCAUGAGGCCAAGCGUCUUCACAGACAUUGAGCAUUAUCAGUAUCUUUACAAAGCAAUGCUCAGCCUGGUCGGCAGUAAGGAUACUGGACUUCGCUAUCCAUAUAUGGACAGAAAUGGAAGGAUAGUGAACACAGAUGAAUCCAACACGGCUGAGAGCAUGGAGUCUCUGGUGUGAAGGUUGUGGAAAACAAGAGGAGAACACCCAAGUUCAUUUGGCAGACUUUCCUUGAGGCCUUUAUUUUUGCCAGACUCAUUGGUAAAAUUAAAAAAAA